AUGCUGCUGCGCGUGCGCGUGACGUCGUUCCUCUCGGGCUUCGGCCUCGCGUCGGCAGCGGCCUUCUACCAGCUGCAUAAUGACAUAAAGAGCAGCAGCACGUUCCUGGCGGCGCAGGCCGAGGAGGCGCGGGACAGCCUGGACCGGCGCGUGGCGGCGCUAGAGGCGGCCGUGCUCAAAAAGCAGCCCGCGGCGCCCGCGCCGGCGGCCGCAGAGGCCGAAGCGGUGCUGCUGCAUGCGGCAGAUGACGUGGCGCACGCCGUAGAGGGCGCCGCGGCCAGCGGAUAG